CUAUAUCAGAAUGAUAUUGCACUGGAUUUUCGAGUUUAUUUUCUUGGCGAACCGUUGUCCUUCGGAAAACAACAGAAAACAAAUCAAGUUCGCCGCUAUCGUUUUGGCUGCCUUGUGCGCCGUCAGCAUGGCUGGAUACCUUGGAGGAAUUGGAGGAAGAGAUGCCGCAGUAACCGUCAGCCUGGAUAACCAGAGAGCCGCUCCUUACGGAGGACUCGGCGCUUACGGUGCUUAUGGUGCUUAUGGACUCGGACACGGCGCUUAUGGAGCCUAUGGACUCGGAUACGGCGGUUACGGCUUGGGUCUUGGUUACGGAGGUUACGGACUCGGCCACGGAGCCUACGGACUCGGAUAUGGACUGGGACUCGGCUACGGAGGUUACGGUUUAGGUUUUGGAAAAUUCGCCGCUAUCGUUUUGGCUGCCUUGUGCGCCGUCAGCAUGGCUGGAUACCUUGGAGGAAUUGGAGGAAGAGAUGCCGCAGUAACCGUCAGCCUGGAUAACCAGAGAGCCGCUCCUUACGGAGGACUUGGCGCUUACGGUGCUUAUGGACUCGGACACGGAGCUUAUGGAGCCUACGGACUCGGAUAUGGCGGUUAUGGCUUGGGUCUGGGUUACGGACUCGGCGGCUAUGGCGGUUAUGGAUUGGGUCUCGGUUACGGACUCGGCGGCUAUGGAGGUUAUGGAUUGGGAUACGGUCUUGGCUAUGGUGGCUACGGACUCGGCGGAAAAUUAUGGUAAUUUCAGAGAUAAAUAAAAGUGGAUGGAAAAGUCUUCAGUGCUGUACAUAAUGUAGUAAUUGAUACACGAAAACGUC